AUGGACCAUAUCCUCGAGAAGCAACCGACAACAGCAUCAACCUCUCUCGAAAGAGCGGAGGAGCGGCCCCCGUCGUCACAUCUCCCGGGACUUGCACGAGCCAGUUUCAUGACUCUCCCCUCUGAACUCCUGACCGAGAUAUGCACCAAUCUCUGCUGGUACCUUCACGCCGAGGACGACGGCUCCUCAGACGUCGCGAUCCGGGCCCGCGAAGGACAAUGUGCGCUGGCGAGGCUAAGCCGGACGUGCAGGCUGAUGCGGGAGAUAGUACGGCCGCUGCUCUUCGGCCGCGUCUAUGCCUCUCGCACCUCGGACCUCUACCUGCUGGUGCGCGCCCUCGUAGGCCGGGCCGAGCUGGGAUCUACGGUCACCGAGGUCGUCGUCACCACUCCGCACCAGGCCGGGGAGAUGGCCUACUCGCAGCAGAUCGCCGGGAUCGUUCACGGCACGGCGGGCGACCGGUUCGCCGCCCUCGCCUCGCUGCUGCUCCACUCCGCGCCGAACCUGACGAGCGCCUCCUUCCACCUCCUGGGCCCGCCCUCGCUCGUCAUCGAGCAGGCGCUCAAGCGGUGGAACACGUCGGCGGUCCAGCACCUGACGCGGCUGCGGCUCAGGCGCCUGACCCUCCGGGCCUUCGACCGCGACCACCAGUUCGUGCUCGACCAGGCCGUCUACCUGCUGCGGGCCUUCCGCGGCCUCAGCGGCCGCGCCCCCAUCCCGAACCCGCCCCGCCUGCCCAACUUGACGGAGCUCAUCCUGACCGACUGCGGCGUCGCCCGCCGCGGCCUGGCCAACCUCGCCCACGCCCUCGGCGACCGCCUCGCCCGGGUCACGGUCCGCAAGGACGGGCGGCGGGGCCGGGGCUGGGGUCCGGGACCGGCGGGGGGUGCCGGCGGCGCGGCGCCCGAGUUCACCAUCGCGUCGCUCGAGCUCGAGGAGAUCCUGGAGGCGCUGCGGCCGCGCUGGGCCGGCACGCUGCGCGAGCUGACCUACCACGUGCCCCGCGCGCUGCGGCUGUUCCCCGCGCCCGCGCCCGAGUCGCUGGCGCACUUCGGCGCGCUCGAGCUGCUCGAGCUGAGCACGGACGCGGUCGAGUUCGACGAGCUGCGGCGCCGGCCCGGCGUGUUCGCCUCCUGGCUGCCCCCGUCGCUGCGGGAGCUCCGCAUCCGCGGGCCCGCCGUCCUGGUCUCGUCGCUGCGGGGGCUGCUAGAUGCCGUCCUCGACGGUCGGUUGCCCUGCCUCGCGAGGAUCGAGAUCACCGACCAGGCGUGCGCGAGCUCCGCGUCCCCCGCGUCCCCGCCGUCCCCGGAUGAGGUGCGCGAGUUUCGAGAGACGGUCGCGGGCCUUCGAUCCCGGGGCGUGCAUGUUAUAAUCCAUCCCCAGGAUCCCGAGCCGGAGCCCGAGGACUGA